AUGAAGCGAAAUGUUAAAGAUGAUAAUGUAUGCGUAUGGUUAAAUGGCAGUCCCGAUGCCGAGCGACCAAUCUGGACACGUUUAUGGAAUUCAUCCAAGAAGCGUUACUGUACUGAUGGUGGCGCCAAUAGAGUUGUGAAGAGAAUUCCAAAAUUGGCAUCCCCUGAUGUCGUACUUGGAGAUAUGGAUUCGAUCCUAACUGAGGUAGCCGAAGCACUGAAACCGACUACACGAUUGGUAGAUGCCCCAGAUCAAGACAAAACUGACCUGACGAAAUGCCUUGAAUUUAUAGCAGAAGACUUCAAAAAUCAUGCAGCUCCGCGUAUCGUUCUCCUUGGUGGGACGUCAGGUCGUUUCGACCAUGUCCUAGCUGCCAUAAAUUCCCUUUAUAACUCAGCAAACCAAUUAAAACUCGAGGUUUACUGUCUUGAUGGUGAGAAUCUCACGUUCGUUCUGGAUGAGGGUGAGCAUUCCGUCAAGAUUGAUCGUCAAUCAGUGACAGGAACUUGCGGUGUAGUGCCGUUCUGCCAAAAACCGACGGUUGUCACAAUGAAAGGAUUCCGUUGGGAUCUCGGUUGGUUAUGA